CAGAUCGGCGUUACAUUCCCUAGAAGCCCAACGCAAAGCUCACGGUCGCUUCCUUUCAAGGUUGAGACCCCAGCCACAGCCGGUGGGACCCAGCCUUUUAUGGACCUGGCUGGUCUUCGCCCCGCCCCUUCCUGGGGAAGUCUCCGCCCACUGGGCCCCAGUAGCCCCCUCGAGCCUCCGCGCGCCCCCGCCGCCUCGUCCUAGGGAGGGGCGCGCCGCCCUGGACUCCAUAGGCCUGGGCUCGGGAGCGCGCACGCCGUGCGUCCCAGGCUCGCUCGGGAUUCUCGCCCCUUGCCGCAGGGAAAGGCCAACGGUUUGGUCCGCCAUGUUCUUCUCCGCGGCGCUCCGGGCCAAGGCGGCUGGUCUCACGGCCCUGUGGGGGAGACAUACAAGGAAUUUACAUAAGACAGCUGUGCAAAAUGGAGCUGGAGGAGCCUUAUUUGUGCACAGAGAUACUCCUGAGAAUAACCCAGAUACUCCAUUUGAUUUCACACCAGAAAACUAUAAGAGGAUAGAGGCAAUUGUAAAAAACUAUCCAGAAGGACAUAAAGCAGCAGCUGUGCUUCCAGUCCUGGAUUUAGCCCAAAGACAGAAUGGAUGGCUGCCCAUCUCUGCUAUGAACAAGGUUGCAGAAGUUUUACAAGUACCUCCAAUGAGAGUAUAUGAAGUAGCAACUUUUUAUACAAUGUAUAAUCGAAAGCCAGUUGGAAAGUAUCACAUUCAGGUCUGCACUACUACACCUUGCAUGCUUCGAAACUCUGACAGCAUACUGGAGGCCAUUCAGAAAAAGCUUGGAAUAAAGGUUGGGGAGACUACACCUGAUAAACUUUUCACUCUUAUAGAGGUGGAAUGUUUAGGGGCCUGUGUAAAUGCACCAAUGGUUCAAAUAAAUGACAACUACUAUGAGGAUCUGACACCUAAGGAUAUCGAAGAAAUUAUUGAUGAGCUCAAAGCUGGCAAAAUUCCAAAACCUGGGCCAAGGAGUGGACGCUUCUCUUGUGAGCCAGCUGGAGGUCUUACCUCUUUGACUGAACCACCCAAAGGACCUGGCUUUGGUGUCCAAGCAGGACUUUAAUUUAUAUUCAAGUGUGAAUAUUGUCACUGGAGAAAUAAAAAUGAAUCUCCUAUCUACAUAAACUUUUUAUAUUAUUUGUUCAUUUCAUGGUGUAUACCUAGCAACUUGCUAUAUAAAUGUCAUGUUGAAA